AAAACAAUUGUACAAGAACAUAACCUCAAAUUUCAAGUGACAGGAACCGAAACAAUAAUAUGUAAAUAAAUAAUUCGAUUCUCUCACGUGUAGUUUUAGAAAUAUAUAGUUAAUCAAAAUAAAGUUAGUUUAUGUCGAAUAUUCAUUAAAUUCUACCUGUAGAAAAAAUUAAACGAUAAAAAUGGAUAAUAAUGUAUUUAUAAGGGAGUUAGAGUUGGAAAGUUGUAAACAAACUUUAUCACUGUAUCAGGAAAAAAUUGGCGAUGUUAAUUGUGUCGUUUGGGAUGCUGCAAUUGUUUUAGCAAAAUUUAUUGAUCACAGUUGUCUUGAUGACAAUUGGUUGUUGGGAAAAAAUGUUUUGGAACUUGGUGCCGGUCUUGGAUGCGUUGGAAUGACUGCCGCAUGUUUCGGAGCAAACGUUUUAAUGACAGAUUUAGAAAGCGCAAUGCCGGCGUUAAAUAAAAAUGUAAAAUUAAAUGAAAAUCAUUGGCAACAUUCAAAUGGAUCGGUGAAAACAGAAAUUUUUGAAUGGGGAAAAGAAUUGCCAAAGAAUUUCACUCCUGACAUUGUACUAUUAACCGAUUGCGUUUAUUAUGAAGAAUCGACAAAAGCAUUAUUGGAUACUUUGGAAACACUUUGCAAUUUAAAAGGAACUUACGUAUUGAUGUCGCAGGAACAAAGAGAUACUCCAAUUCAAUUAAAGGUUUGGCAAAAUUUUAAAACAUCGUUAAAGGAAAAUUUUCACGUGACAGCAAUCCCCCAAGAACAACAGCAUCCAAUUUAUUCAAGUGCGGACAUUGAUUUAUUAAAAAUUACGAAAGAAUAACGAAAAAAAGUUAAUUAAAAAUAUUGCGAGAAGCUCAAAUUGUUCGGACGUCGGUUUUUUUCGAAUAAUGCUGGUAAGAGUUUCAUUAAUGUUAAAUAAUUCUAAUAUUUAUUUAUAAUAAUCGCAUUUUCUUAAUAAUUUACCGACAAAACGUAUUUUUUAAGUCACAUUUCUUAAUAAUAAGCCGAAUAUUAAACAAAAAAUCAAUGUCAAAUUUCGAUAAUACGAGAAUAUUAGAAAGUGGGACAAAUUGGAAUAAAUUUGCAAAUUUAUACAAA